AUGGCAUCCACAGCAAAAUACUGCAGUGCCCUUCUCCUCUGCCUUAACCUCCUCUUCUUCGGUAUGGUGAGUGCAACUGACACUUGUCCCAUCAAUUACACACAACUGAAAGCAAGUGUUGAUUACUGUGGCCUUCUUUCCGGUCUUGCUGACAUUGACGCUGCUAUGUGCCUUUGCCUUGCCAUAAAGGAUCGUCAAUUCUCCAUCAACGUUUCUGUUGAUGCUACUUUGACUAACUUGCUCUACUCCUGCGGCAGAACUCGUCCAUCUUGA